UUAAGAAUUGUUCUCCUCUCCUUCUUGCCCCGAGGCCUCUCCCGCAAGCAUGCUCCACCAGAUCCUCAGCCAGGCCACGCAGCACCCCAGCUUGAUCCCCCUGUGUGUGUGUAUUGGCGCCGGAGGGGCUGGGGCAGUGCUGUGUGUUAUGCAUCUGGCUUUGUUCAAUCCAGAUGUCAGUAGGGACAGAAAAUAUAACCCUGAGCCCUGGAACAGAUGGGGUCCCGAUGAUCAAUACAAGUUCUGCUCGGUGAAUGUAGAUGACAGCAGACUGAAGAAAGAAGGUCCAGGCUUCUAGAUGAGAUAUUUCACUCUAAAGCUGCUUAAAAUGAAAAUCUUCUAGAAGCCAUACGCACAGUUUUCCUCUUAACCAGGAAAUAUUUUCCCUCAUCUGAACCAGGGGAGAGAAGGAAAUUCAUUUCAGAGUGUAGUGGCCCUUAAUACUAAGAGUGUGCCAACAAAAUCCUAAAACCAGCUGGGGGUGGGGAAAAAAAAUCUUAAACACCGAGUAAUGUAGGGAGAAGAUGCAUCUAGGCAUGACUAAUCCUGAGGACUCGGCAGUCCUGCUGUCGGGAAGGAGCUGCUGCCCAGGGCCUGGCUAGUUUGCAGUCACAUAUCCAGAGGUGGCGCAAGUUGGAAAGUGUUUCAACCACUGGCUUCCUGACACUCUUUCUUAGAUAGGCUGCUUUAAGCGUGCGUGCUUGCAUUAAGUUUGCACUCAGAACACUCCCUGGAGGUGCGUCUUGCACAGGAACACCUUGUGUCACUUGUCAUUAGGUACAAGAGCAGUUGCAGAGCAUUGCAUUAAAGGACAAGGGGUCUGCCCAGACACACAUAGUUGUAUUUGAUGUUUUUAAGCCUCAGUGACCACCCAGCUAGCUCCUUUUCUUCCCAUAACAGCCCUCAGCUCUGUGGUUCUUUUGGGUAACUUGCUUUGUACAGCACCAGCCAGAAAGUGGCUCUUCCUUUCUGACCAGUAAUCCCAUUCCUCAGGCUUUGCUCUAAGGAAAUACUUCCUAAAUAUGUUCCCCCUUCCUAAAUAUGCCUCCUGAAGAAAAAUGGCAGCAAUCUAAAUAUUCAGUGUUUUAGAAAGGUUUCAUCACUUACAAUGAUUUCUCAAUGAAUCCAAUGAGGAGUAAAGCGUUAUUAUGAGAGUGAUGUGUCUGCAUUGACUGAGUCAGGGGUAGGACACAGAAGUGUCAGUGACUGUGGUUGCAGCUUGGGAACACGAGGUGUGCCUGUGGUUGGUGUCCUUAAGGGUGAAAGUGGUUGUUCUGGGCCAGGGUUUAAGAAGCCCUUCCUCACAAGUGAUGUCCUUUCAACAACCCAUGGAAAACAGAAGGCUGUGGCCCAGCUGCACCCCAGCAGUCUUGGGGCAGAGGCCAGUGCCGAGAUGAUGCUUUCUC